GCAAGAAGAUUAGACGGAGCCAGUUUCUCUCUCUCAAGGCUCAAACCCAGGAACAAAGUGGAGGCGAUAGAGGAGGAGGAGAGGGAAGACGGUAUUCCUCGUCUUGUCCCUUCUCUGCUGCUGUUUCUUUGCGUUCAUUAGCAGUUCUCUGUAGAGAUGGCGCGCAAGGGAGUUCUCAUUGGCAUCAACUAUGCCGAUAACAGGCAGAUCCCGACUCUAGACGGUCCUGUCCAUGAUGUCGAGCAGGCGAAAUCCAUGCUCACGUCAUUGUACGGCUUUGCGGAGUCGGAUCUUUUCGUGCUUGUCGACGAUCCGUGCGCCUACAAGGGUUGCGCUCUCUCUCCGACGAAGUCCAAUGUGUUGGCCGCACUGGAUUGGCUGGUGAAAGGUGCGCGUGAUGGCGACGUUCUCUACGUGCAUUUCUCCGGCUACGGCUCCCAAGUUCCAUCGGAGGCCUCAUUCGAAGGCUUGGAGGAGGUCAUACUGCCCGUCGAUGCCACAUCGGACUCUCGCGGAUUUGGAAAUGUCAUCAAACAUGAUGCCUUCAUGGCGAAGUUCGACUGCGUGCCCAAGGGUGUGACCGUGGUGCUCGUGUUCGACGCUGGGUUCAAGGCGGACGACGAGUGUGCGACAGCGGUUCAACAUUACACGUGUCGCAGUCUGCUGAACAAGGCUGUGAGGACGAGGGGCCUCGAUAAUUCCGGCGUAAGGGCUGGAUACAGGAAGCUGAAGGAGGAUGGGAGGUUUGCAGCGUUCAAGUCUGGGAAUCCUCUCCGGGACACGUGCUUCGCUAAUCCUUGUGCCUGGUUUGCUAGUGACGAACGACAGACGAGCUGGGACGCGAAGAUCGAAGGGAGAGCUGUAGGCGCUUUCAGUUAUUACUUCUAUGGCGCCAUCACCAACUCAUCCAACGGCACGGAUAUCACGAAUGACAGCCUUCUCUCCGCCACUACGCAAGCGCUCUACGAUGCUGGAUUUUUGCAGAAACCCGUGUUCGCAUCCGUUGAUGCCGACGGCAAUCAGAAGAAGUUCCUUCCGCCCGUGCCUGCGCCGCCCGCCCCCGUCGUCUGCCCGGCGCCUGCCGAGCCGCAUCCUGUCUGCGGACCUCCGCGGACGGUCGAUAGUAUCGUGAGGGAUCUGGUCUGUGCUUUGGGUGUCACCGGUCUGGACAUCGCUAUUCGCAUCAGAGAGGGUUGGUCGAAGCUGACAGUAGACGAGCAAGUCGUCAUUUACGAGUCGUUGUUGACGGCGGGAGGUGUGAACGCAGUGAAGCUGGGUGCGGAGCUUGCGGGUGAUGAGCGCUUCCUCCAAACAGUUGAUUGUUUGGGCGAGGUUGUCUUUGAGAAAUGCUCUCGGUAUUCGCUGAGUUACUGGGUCAGGUGUUCCCGCCCGGGUGCGAAUUUCUGCUUCAUCCCCGCUUCUCCUCCUGCCGUCCCUGUUUGCCCUACUCUGUCUCCAGCAUGCCCACCACAGCCUGUCUGCCGGCCAGCAUGCCCACCAACGUUUGUGUGGACGCCAGCAUGUUCGCCGCCGCCUGUCUGCCAACCAGCAUUUCCGCUGCCGUCUCUGUUCCCGUCGGCAUGUCCACCACCGCCUGCGUGCCCUCCAGCAUGUCCGCCGCCGUCCUGCUUGACACGCCUCCAGGAGCUCUCAAUCGCUUAUCUCAAGAAGCAUGCGGUCUCUGCCGAUUGCGAGACUGUCGUCGAGCUUCUGGCGACUCGAAUUGCUCUCUCCCAGUGCGCCGCCCUUGCCGACCAACAGAGGCUUGUGGAUCAGCUUGCGUGUCUUGUUCAGUCUAAGGCAUACGCCUUGAUUGCUGAGCUGUUCGGUGAUGCUCUCCCACCUGCAGGUCUCAAACUUCCCGGUACCGUCUGCGCGGAUCCUGAGGUGAACUACGUGGAGUUGCUGGCCGCGGCCGUUGGAUCAAGCGUCUGCUGCCCGGCCGUUCCCCCUGUUCCCGAGGCAGAGCUUUCCACGGCUGUGCGGAAGCUCCUGGAUAUCCUUGUCCUGGGGGCGGGCAUCGCCGGCUAUGAUCUGGGUGUGAAAAUCCUGAAGGAGUGGAAGUUUUUGAGCGCCGAGGAGCGCAAGACUGUUUACACGGAGCUUCUCCGACUUGGUGGCGUUGAGGUUCUGGCGGCUGGCGCGAAACUCGCUCGCGAUCGCGUGUUUUUGGAGGAAUUGGUCGCCGUGGGCACUAAUCUUUCGUCGAAGGCAAGCGAUGUCUGCGACACCGCGGCGGAGAAAGCCUCGCAGCAACAGCAGGAUUUGCGACAGGUGGUGGUGUUGGCCGGCUGUGUCGGAUAUGAAUUGUCCGUGAGGCUUCUGUCGGAGUCACUCUCUGUUUCAGACAAGCGUGAUAUUUACUCGAAGCUUUUCGCAGAAGCGGGACUCGAGGCCGUGCGAUUGGGCGUGUCACUAGCCAAGGACGCCGCUUUCGUGAAAGAAUUGACGGUUAUUGUCCAGGACCUCACUGUGUUCCUGUGCAAGGGAGGGUACUUGGACGAGUGCCCAGUUCCGGCUGCUUGCUUGCCGAAGCCUGAGGAGCCCGCGCCUCCGGCCUGCCCUCCCUGCGUGACUGAGUGUGUAACCAUCACCACGAAAGUGGGAAAGGCUGCUUUGAGGGAUAUUGUUUACGUCGCGGGCCUGCGGGGCUACGAGAUUUCCAUUCGUUUGCUGAAGGAGUCGACCACAUUGUCGGCCUCGACGAAAUUGGAGCUAUAUGGUGAGUUGCUCCGCGAGGGUGGGCUCGAUGCCCUGAGGUUGGCGGCAGUGGUUGCAGGUGACCGUUGCUUGCUGGAUCAGCUGAAGAACUUCGCUGAGGAAGACGUUCUUUCCCAAGUGCUGUGUGCAAGCAGUGAUUCGGCGUGCGACAGGGUCAGGGAGCUGAUUUGCCUGGCCAGUGUCGAAGGGUACCUCCUGGGUGUGACGUUGGUGGAGAAGAUGAGCGUGCUCAGCUUGAAAGAGAGGUGGGAGAUCUACGGCAAAAUCUAUGUAUUUGGCGGUCUUGGUGCGGUGAAGGUUGCAAUUGUUGCCUCCAAAGACAAGGAGGUGGCGGAAUCUCUGAAGGAAUUUGCUGCGAAGGUGAAAGUGUCGAUCGUGGAGCUCGUCAUGGAGACUGUCAGCAUUACUUCUCCGCAAUGCAAGCCGGACCUGCCUGUUUGCCCAGCUCCCGCUGCCUGUCCUGCUCCGCCUGCCUGUCCCGGCCCGUCUGCCUGUCCCGCUCCCCCUGCCUGUCCUGCUCCGCCAGCCUCCGCCGCCCCUCCUGUUUGCCCUCCAACCUCGCCGAGAGGGGACCUCAACUCUGAACAGAAGAGGAUAAUCUUGGCGCUUUACUACUUGGCAGGCGAGGACCAGCGAGUGAAGGUCCUCGCAACGCAGCUUGCCGAGGAAGGAAAGGCGCUUAACGAGGAGAGCAGAAGGACGAUUAUCGGCCAGAUUAUCUGUCGAACAGGUCUCGACGGCGUGGACCUUGUGCAAGCUCUCAGCGACGGGGUGUGUGUGCUUUCCAGGAAAACUUGUCAGUGACCCGUUUUAAUCAACUGCCAAAUUCGACGCAAUAUGUUGGCUGAUGCGAUGCUAAGGUCAGGAUAUUUGGCUAUGCCAGGCUGUGCUUUGGACGAUUCAUGUCCUCUUAUCGUUUGUCAGCAAUGAACUUAAGUUUGCACUAUGCUACGGGGAAGGUAAUUCGCGGAAUGAGCUGUUUAUUGCGUUGGGAUGUACCUUCAUUCAUUUUGGGUAUGGAUCAUUAUAAUAUAGUAUAGUUCUGCGGGUGUCUUCAUUUAGCUAUCGUAUUGCUUCCGUAAAUUCCGUCAGGCUUGUUGAUAGAUUGACCGGAAAUUACCAAGCUAUAACGCCUGGCCCACAGAGCCAGCGAGUUCUAUAGAGGGGAAUCAAUGGUUGCUUUUGCACCGCCUGGUAGCUUCCGUAAGUCUGGGUUUUUAUCCUGUUAUGCCUUGAGCUAAGGAAAACGUUGAGGGAGGCCGCCCACCUCCACCUCCAAAAUGUCUACGAGGAUGAACGCGCACAUUUCGAUC